UUCCCAUGGUUAAGUUAGAUUUAUUGCAAUGGCUGACAAAGGAGACCAAGCUAAGGUUGCCACUCCCAUGGAUACGGACGCUGCCAAAGAUCCUAAUCAAGUUGGAGGAUCCGGAGAAGCAGAACCAACACGAGACAUGACAGAGCUCAUCAAAGAUGGGAAAAAUGCAAAAUCCAUUGUGUGUGAGCGAUGCAACAGCAAAAUUUUAUUACCAGGAGUGGCAGAAUUCGUGACAAAAGAGAUUUUCCUUCCACACAUGAAGAAAAAGUCUGAGCAACAGAAGGCAACAGAUGGGGAGAACCUGAGUGAGCAUUGGGUUGUAUCGGACAUGAUGACCUUUGAGAAUGUAGGUUUCACAAACACUGUUGGUACUGCCAAGUAUCUUAUAUGCGCAGACUGUGAGGUUGGCCCUGUGGGAUGGCACGACGUAACCGACAAGACCAAGUACUUUAUAGCCCUGGACCGGGUGCAGCACAAAUGAGACUUGACCAAAGCAUCCAUCUAGACCAGGGGUUCUCACUCCAGAUAUGAUUGCCCUGAAUGCUAAAAGCUACAUUACUUACUCAUUUAGUUCCAUAUAUAUGUAGGUUUGUGACAUUAUGCAUACUGUACGUGUCUUUAUACACAUAUCUGAAUUUCAAGAGUUAUGACAGUCAAAAGUGAAAGUUCUGGUAUAUGCGCAUGGGUAUGGUUUAUCAGUGGGUAAAGUGGCAUCGUUUCCCAACAAUAAGCUGUUUUUACACAAAUUGAGUGAUUGCAAGACAAGUGCAUUGAUGCAAAUGUUCAGACAAUGAAUCUACUUUUAAAACAUUGAUUUACAGUAUUACUUGUAUACUGAAGAACACAAGUCUUUAAAAAAACUUGAGGUCUAAUCUGAUCGAAGUUGAAAUGUUUAAGUUUAGCCCUAAAGGGGCCAGGUUAUUUGGUCAAGCACAAAGACUGGAUAUGUAGAUAUCUGGAUGUCACAUUGUAUUGUCAUUUUAUUUGGGAAGCAGCAUAUUGUAGAAUUGCAAUUCACAAGGCAAAGUAAUUCCUCUCACAUCAAUAUUAACUGUUUUCUUUAUCAAUCAUGCCAAUCUUGCAAAACUUAUAUGUACCAUCACUCCUCUGUCUUUUUACAUUAUGCUUAUACUCUGGCAUAUAAAAGAUGUUGUGAUUAAAACUUUCAAUCAACCACAACUCAGAAAAAAAGCCAAUCAUGUUAUUGUAAGUCUUAGUAAAUCUAUGAUCUUGAUUUGCUAAUUUUAUUAACUCGUAUUCGAUUGAAACUUGCUCUUGGUCACUAUACUCACAAGGCAACCAAACCCAAGAAUUAUUGUACUCUUUUUGACUCGUGAUUUCAGAUUGCAGUUAAUCGCUCAUCUUUAGAAAGAUACCCAUGACUCUGCAUAAAGUCCAACGUGUCUAAGGCUCACAUACAUGUACAUGUAUAUAGCAAAUGUUACUAUGUGCUGUUUUCAAAAUGUCCUAAAUAACACUUGUAACACUGAAGUACACAAUAAAGUAACAGCCCAAACAUUGUGAUUAUGGUAUUUUACCUUUACAGUUUGUUACUUUCAACACAAAAGAAAAAUGUUGAAAGUUGUAAUGCAACCCAUCUGGCCUGUAUCUACAUCUACAGGUACAUUUAUAUUGAUUAAUGUUAAAGCACAAUAACAGAAAAUUGAAGAAAACAAAUCAAGUACAUGUAUGCAUCAUGUAUUAAUUUGUUACAAAUUUUUUUGUAGCAUUGUUAUAUGGACAAGGCAUCACUGCUGAGAAAAAAUAUUGAAAGGCUAUGUGCAAUCUUUUUUUAUUUCUGUGUCAUAUGAAUAUUUAUAAGCGAUUGAUUGCAAACAAAAGUUUUAAAAUAUUUGCACAAAAACCUUGUUUUUAAGAAAUGCUCUUAGCGUCUAGUACAGUCAAACCUGUCUACAGCGACUGCCCAAGGGAAACACAAAAGUGGUCUUUGUAGACAGGUUCUUUUAGUACAUGUUUCAGUGAGAAACCAUUUACAAGGAAAACAAAAAAUGUGCUUGUUGUAGACAGGUGGUCACUGAAGCAGGUUUGACUGUAUCUUAAUUUCUGUCAUGGAGCAGCUUCUUAGAUCAAUGAGAAUUAUUUUUUUAAAACAUUUUUUCCAUUCUGAACAUUCCUGAGUAAGACAUUUUAUGCUGGUCUCCACACUAACUUUUUUUGUAGGUGUUCUUUUAAAGCUUGUCUGCAUGAAGUCUAUCUGUACAUUUUGAAAUUUGGGGGUUUGUUCCCAUUUGUCUCGGGUUCCUGUUCAUGUCGAGCCUUGUUAAAAGUUAGCAAUGUGUUCUAUCUAUCUAUCUGUGUCCCAUAGCUUGAAGGCCGUUGGGGCAACAAUGAAAUGGAUCUUGAUUCUUGAGACACAUGUUCUCCGUAACAGCUCUGUUCUAGUUAGCUGCUAAAUAACAUUCUCAUCCACCGCUUGAUGUUAUCAGUCCAUGUCCUAAUGUUUCUUGCCAAGUUCUUUCUUCUCCCAUUAGGUGUUUGUCCAGCUAUUCUUCCAUCUAGUUACAUGCCCAAACCACUUUAGUUAUCUUCUUUUCACAAUUGUGAUGAAGUGAUUGUGUUCCCCUAUAAUAUAUAUAACUCUCCAUUCAUCUCUCUCACUUUCUUGUCUGGCAUACUGUAUGGGGAGUGAAGAGAAUAUGCAGGAACUUGUGUACUAUAGAUUAUGAAGUACACAAGUUUUGCCUGAAGGUUAUCAAUAUGAAUUUCUGUUUUCAGUUCACUUUUUGAUGUUUGUAUUCUUAAAAAGCAGAUGUCUAAUUGUUUUGAAUGGGAAGGGAAGAACAAGAUAAAUUGAAAUUAUAGUUUACAUUAAUAUCAGUACAUCUAUCUUCAACAUGUAUGCAGAAAUUUAGUGAAACUUUUCCAAAAGUCAAACCAAUUGUAAUGCCGUGUAGUGUAAAUAAUAGAAGUAAAUUAUUUAUUUGUAAGAAUAGAGGUUUGUAAUAGAUUGAUAUCCUUUGUUCCCAUAAUCUCAUUUAUAGUCAUUCAUUUUCUAGCAGCAGUCUACACUAGUUAGACAUGCCCUAGUCAAUCAAUUUUUACAAAAGGUUGUUCCUACACAAAAUUUAUUAGGUUGUACAUCCUUUCAAACAAAUAAUAAAGUUGAGAAAAUAAGGUGACUUUCUCAUGAUUUCAUAUUAUCACACUAUGCAUUAUGUAUAAAUAUUGUUGUGAUUGCCUGUGCCUAUUAAAAUUAUUGCUGAUGUAUGUUCAGAAAUGUUCAAAUUAUGGCUUUGAUUUUAUAAUUGUAACAUUUGCAGACAAAUCUGACAAGCCUGGAUCUCCAUGCCCUAGUAUGUUUGAAAUUAAGAGAAUACUUUUAAGUAAGACUACAUCAAAUGUACAUUACUUGUUGACUGGGAGAAGCAGUAUUCCAUAAUGUUUUCAACACAAGAUGGCAGCAUUUAUAAAUGGGCUGGUAGCUGGCAGAGCAGAGACAACUAGUUGUGGGAUAAUAUACUGCAGGUCAGAAAGAAAAAAAAAUGUAAGUUUAAACCUCUUUGGGAGAGAUCAAAUUAACAAUUGACACAUUUUGGAAUAAUACUUUAUCAUCAUUGAUUUUUAAUAAUGAUUUCUCAUGGCUUUACUUUAGUCUUGUAAAAAUGAUGGUCACUCUAUUAUCAGUAGGAAGCUGUCUAUUUCAAAGUCAUAUUGAUUUACAAUAACAAAGAACAUGCACUUGAUUUGUGAACCAUAUCCAGCUGUGCCUGUACAAUUGUGUUAUAUGUGUUUUUAUUUUGAUGUUUAGAUGAUGUUAGAUACUUUCUUAUCAUGUUUUUUUUUUCUUCAUGAAAACUGAAAAGCCUUGUGAUUUUUUUCAAAGUUGUAUAAUCCAAGAAAUGCGCUUCUGUUAAUUAUUAGUUCAUGGCUGAGAUGUGAAAAUGUAACAAUGUUGUCAAAAAUCAAAAUUAUAUAGUAAAUGAACAAUGC